UCAUGUCUAGUGGAGAUAAGUCCAAGACUUCAUCCCAGACUGAUGGGAAAGCUGCUCAGAGCAAGAAGUCUGAUGGAAUGAUGUCCUACAAGAUGUACGUGUUCGACCAGGAGAACUUCCAGGGUCGGAUGAUUGAGAUCUCCAAUGAGUGCAUGAAUGUGUGUGAAAUGGGCAUGGACCGCGUGCGCUCCUUGCGUGUUGAGUGUGGACCCUUUGUGGGCUUUGAACAGAUGAACUUCUGUGGUGAGAUGUACAUCCUGGAGAAGGGAGAGUAUCCUCGCUGGGAUUGCUGGAGCAACUGCCAGAAGAACGACUACCUUCUGUCCUUCAGGCCUGUCAGAAUGGACCCCGAGAAGCACAAGAUCUGCCUCUAUGAGGUGGGAGAGUUCAAGGGCCGCAAGAUGGAGAUUAUGGAUGACGACGUUCCUAGCAUGUUUUCUUACGGCUUCACUGACAGAGUGGGCAGCAUUAUCGUCAGCUGUGGCACCUGGGUGGGAUACCAGUUCCCUGGAUACCGCGGCAGCCAGUACCUCCUGGAGAAGGGAGACUACAGGCACUUCAAUGAGUAUGGUGCCCGCUAUCCUCAGUUCCAGUCCGUGAGGCGUAUCCGCGACAUGCAGUGGCACCAACAGGGCUGCUACACCAUGGCCAGCAAGUGAGGCUCAGUGAAGGAGAGAAAGAGAAAGAGCGGAAAUGAGGGAGAGGGACGGAGGAAGAGGGAACGGGGGAGAGAUGUCUGAGGAGUUUCCUUCAUAAAAUGGCCUGUGAUCUAUGCAGCGAGGGAAAGGGUGAGGAUUUAGAUCUACACCGGAUCUGACAAAGCACCUCAGCAGAAGGAGCACCUGGAUCUGACCACCCUUCGUUCCUCUCUCCUUUUCUCUCUCUCUCUCUCUUUCUACUUUUUCUUUCUCCCCUGUGGGCAGAGCUUUGCUUUUCGCUAGUUAUCCUUUUUUUUUCCUAGUCCCUCUCUUCCUUCCCCAUCCAGUCCCCUGAAACACCAAAGAGGGAACAAAACAUCAUUUUCUGUCUUACACAUGAUUUUCAGCUCAGGGUAUGAUGCACCAUUGAAAACUGAGUUUCUGGAGCCCCCUGCUCCUCUUCUGGCCCCUGUGCAUUGCACCUCUACUCUGCUGUACAGAAUCCUGGCUUA